GGCGCGCAGCCGCGGUCACCGGACCACGGGGCAGGACGGGGCCGCGCUGGAGGCGGAAGCGCCCGCCGAGCGCCGCUGCGCGCUGUCCCCCGCCCGCCCUUCCUCGGCCGGUCACGGGUCCCCGUCCCGCGCUGGACGCCGCCGCCGGUCAUUGUCUUGUGACUUCGGCCCCUGAACCACGACUUGGGGUGGGGCCUCCGAGGGAAGAGGCCGCGUCUCCGCCCGGGAACGGAAGGUGCCCCGCUGCUUAAGUCUCUGGGUGGUCGCGGCCCAGGGCUCCCCGGGUGCCCAUCCGAGUCUGGAGCCUAAGGACGGCGUCGUCUGGGCGGGGGAGGGGGCCUCUGCGGUCUCAGGGGAGGAGUCGGAGGCCCCGGGGGAGGGAUCGCGCCUGGGCCCCGGGUCUCCGGGUCGGUUUGCCGUUCCGCUCCGAGGGUCUCUGGCAACCCACCUGUGCCACGCGCCAUGAGGGCGCUGGGGCCCCUCGCUCUGGCCCUGGCCGCAGGCCUGGCCGCUGCCGGCCCACCUAACAUCCUGCUGAUCUUGGCUGACGACCUGGGUUACGGGGACCUGGGCUCCUACGGCCACCCCAGCUCCGCCACCCCCAGCCUGGACCAGCUGGCCGCGGGGGGCCUGCGCUUCACGGACUUCUACGUGCCGGUGUCUCUGUGCACGCCCUCCCGGGCUGCCCUCCUGACGGGCCGACUUCCGGUUCGGUCGGGCAUGUACCCUGGCGUCCUGGAGCCCAGAUCCAGUGGGGGGCUGCCCUUGGAGGAGGUGACCCUGGCGGAGAUCCUGGCAGCCCGAGGCUACCUCACCGGGAUGGCCGGCAAGUGGCACCUCGGGGUGGGGCCCAAUGGGUCCUUCCUGCCCCCCCACCAGGGCUUCCACCGGUUCCUGGGCAUUCCGUACUCCCACGACCAGGGCCCCUGCCAGAACCUGACCUGCUUCCCGCCGGCCACCCCCUGCGCCGGCCUCUGUGACCAGGGCCUGGUCCCCGUCCCACUUCUGGCCAACCUCUCGGUGCAUGCGCAGCCCCCCUGGCUGCCUGGGCUUGAGGACCACUACGUGGCCUUCGCACGCAACCUCAUGGCUGAUGCCAAGCGCCAGGGCCGCCCAUUCUUCCUGUACUACGCCUCCCACCAUACCCACUACCCCCAGUUCAGUGGGCAGAGCUUUGCAGGGCACUCGGGCCGUGGGCCGUUCGGGGACUCCCUGAUGGAGCUGGACGCAGCUGUGGGGGCCCUGAUGGCGGCUGUGGGGGACCUGGGGCUGCUCAGAGAGACGCUGGUCAUCUUCACUGCGGACAAUGGGCCUGAGACGAUGCGAAUGACCCGCGGUGGCUGCCCUGGCCCCCUCCGAUGCGGGAAGGGGACCACCUUUGAAGGGGGCGUCCGGGAGCCGGCCGUGGCCUUCUGGCCAGGCCACAUCACUCCUGGGGUGACUCACGAGCUAGCCAGCUCCCUGGACUUGCUGCCCACCCUGGCUGCCCUGACCGGGGCCCCGCUGCCCAACACCACCCUGGACGGCUUCAACCUCAGCCCCCUGCUGCUGGGCACAGGCAAGAGCCCCCGGCAGUAUGUCUUCUUCUACCCGCCCUCCCCAGAUGAGAUCCACGGGGUCUUCGCCGUGCGCAGCAGGAAGUACAAGGCACACUUCUUCACUCAGGGCUCUGCACACAGCGACACAACAGCAGACCCCAUCUGCCAUGCCUCGAACCCUCUGACGGCCCAUGAGCCCCCUCUGCUCUUCGACCUGUCCGUGGACCCUGGGGAGAACUACAACCUCCUGGGAAGCGGGACCCAGGCCUCCCAGGAAGUGCUACAGGCGCUGAAGGAGCUCCAACUGCUCAAGGCCCAGCUGGAUAUGACCAUAACCUUCGGUCCCAGCCAGAUGGAGCUGGGCAAGGACCCUGCCCUGGAGAUCUGCUGCCAGGUUGGCUGCAGCCCCAGGCCAGACUGUUGCCACUGCCCGGAGGGGCGCAUCUGAGCCCCGGACCCCGGCACGGGGAGUGCACUGUCUAAAGGCGAGUGUGCAGUCACGCCCAUAAUACAGGUCUUCGAGCCCAGGUGCGCCAGCCCCACCCUGAGCCUCCGAGAUGUAGUGAUUCAUGGCCCCCGGAAACGGCUGCAAAGGAAAGGGGUGAGGGGUCCCCGAGGCUGUGGCACCCACUGGCCUCCUGCCUCUGUGUGAGUUCUUUGCCAUGUGGUGGGUGGGCAUGAGGGGCAGGAGGGCUGCUGGACAGGCAGAGCCCCAGCCGGUCGGAUCAGAAACCCGUCAGCGGGUGCCGUGAGUGACGGGGUCCUGGGGGCUGAGGGGCCCCAGCCCCCAGCUCCUCCUCAACGCCACCCACCCCCGCCCCUUCUGGGCCCUGGACCCCACAGCCCCACUCCCUUCCUGUCCUCCACUCUUGACCUGCAUUCGCCACCCAGCUGCAUCCUGCUCACAGCUCCCCUCGGCUCCCCAUGACCAGCCCCUCGCCGCAGAGGCACUCUGAGCACGCACAGUGUGUUUCCUGUGAGUGCACUUGUUUACUCGCAUCUCCAGCACAUGUCAUAACAGGUGUUGCCCCGGGUGCGAGAGCUGGGUGGAUGAGAGCAGCAUCUGGGUGUGUGGGACCCCGCAUGUGGGACCCCAGCGUGUGUGACACCUGAGGGCACAGACGACUCCGGCAUGAGUGUGGGGAGGGCAGACACUGCUUGUUGCUUACUGAGCAGCCACCCCUUCCCAACUAAUGGGCUCUCCCAGUGGUGGGCAGAGUUCCCUGGCCCCGGCGGGUUGCAGCCCCUCUCCCAACCCAGGAGAUGACAGUGACCCUUCCAAGCCUGUCGGAGCCCCUGUGCCCUCUCCAGUGGUUGGUCUGGAAGUGGCCUUCAAGUUCUGGUCAAGAAGAGGCCCUAGUCCCCUCCUGCCUCCUUCCUCUGGAGGGGGCUGCAGCGUGGGUGUGACCCAAGGGUGGGAUGGGAGAGUGGCAGAGAUGCUGCUAAACCGGUGUCUUCAGACACCUUCCUCCAGAGCUUGUAAUCUAAGGAAAAUAAACCCCAGCUGUCUACGCCA